AUGUCAACCACAUCGUUUCUAUCGAAGAUCGAUGUUAAUAUACAGGAGUUAAAUCCAACGGGCAGAAUUGAGAAUACAGUUAACCUUCAUCUUGAUCAAGAAACAGUUCAUAAAGAUUUCAAUUAUGGCAUUGGCAAUUAUUCAAAGUGCAUAAGAGUCCUUAAUGGAGAGUACAUCUGCUAUCAGUUCUCACACAAUUACUCAGUUUUAUCUCUCUAUACACUGAAAGAUGCUAUUAAUGGGAAAACCAUAGUUAUCCAUUUGCCUACGAGCUCAUUGAACGAACAUCACACCUUUACUAUUAGGGAAGUAUCAGAAAAUCUUACCAUGGAUUUAAUCUUGGAUAACGGUAUAUUUUUGAACAUGUCUUUUCCUCUCGAAUACAUCUUUUCAAAAACAAAGACGUUGCUGGGAAACUGGUUCACUGUUUUGAACCCGUAUGAUUUCACGGUUAGAAGACCUCACUUCAUGUGCCCCGUCUCUGAAACGUUUUCAGUUGUAUUUUUGAAUGAUGGUGGCUUAUUAGGCUUAACCAGAAAAUACUACGAAAACGGCGAACUUGAAAUUAAUCCCACAUUAUUCAAUGACAACAGCUACCUUCAAAGCUUCACCAAAAUAUUUUCUUCGAGACGACAAGACACCAAGUAUAAUAACGUUGUUAGUUGUGUUAUUUUUGCUGAACGAUUCCUCAUCACAUUAACCCAAAAUUGCAAACUUAAGGUGUGGGAUUUGAACUCACACAAUAUUACACUCGAGAUGAGCUUAGCGAUGGAGGACGAACAUCAAAAGAGAAUAUAUGAAACCCUAGGCGAGUAUCUCUCCUUAUAUGAUAAUAGUCUAGCAAUUUUCCUCCCUUUUGACAAUGGUGUAUUUCAGAUAUGGAGAUUACAAGUGGACAACAGUGGAAAACUUGUCUUGAAUCCAAGCCAAAGUAUUUCUGCGACGCUUUCAUCAUCCUCAAUAUGGUCACUGGUUGAUAUGAAGUUCACAAAGCCACUAGACAUCAAUGCUCCAUCUAGCUACGCAAAUCUCAUAGUCCUAUGGAAGAGCAAUACGAUAGUAAAACUCCAAGUUUUGAAUUUUCAAACAGAGAAUCUCGAAAGUUACCGCUGGAUCGAAGCAUGUAAUAGAUCAUUAGUGGAUUUGCGUUCAGACCAUGAUCUACUCACUAAUGGAAACACUAAAGAAGCACUCUUGAAUCUAAAAACGCACUACACACCAUUCGUUUUCAGAGAAGCUCAAAAAAUUUUGAGUGCCAAUGGAAUAUUGAUGGUGAAGGAUUCACCAUACAACCAAGAUUUUUUAACCAAUUUAGAGUCCGUUCUUAAAGACUUGAAGAAGCACAAUGAUGAGCCAUGUUCGCUUACCCUUUAUCAAGAUGAUAUGGUCAUGAUCAAUUCAAUGAGACUUUACACACAUUCUCUUUACAAGAUUAAUUCGACAUUGGAAAAUAUAUUUUACACACUGAAUGAGGAAUUAGACUCGGAAGAUCAAUUAGCCACUUACUUGCGCACAAUCAACGGGUUUGCUUCCACUCUUUCCACUCAAGUCAUUGCUGAUGUUUCAGAUGCAUUUAUCAACAUGUCCAAUUCCAGUUAUCCGAGCAAUAUGAGUUUAAAAGAUAAGUUUACAAACAUAUUUUCUAGCAUCUUAGAAGGUCAGUUCCAAAUGAGCAACCUCAGAACUUUAUUUGAAAGCCUUAGCUCCCUGAAUGUGGUUGAUAUUUUGAAUAACUUGAUCGAUAAUCAUUUAAAAAAAUGUGGUACGGAUCAAAAUUUAGUUGAUUCAAUCAUGUUUGACAACUUUACGACGGUGGCAAUGCUGGAAAGUGUCAAUCAGUCAAUUCUCAUACAAAAUCAAAUCGUUCUCCAAGUUUUACUCACUUUUGCGUUUAUGGAUUUCGAUGAUUCUGUAUUCACACAGCAUAUCAAUACUUUACUUCUAUUAAAUUACAAGCAAUGCCUUUGGAUUCGGUUAUACCAAUUAAACAAACCUCUUUUGAUUACCGAAAUAUUCACGCGAACAAGUAAGUUUGGUUUUGGCGCUAAAUUCUUUUCUUAUGCGGACUGGUUGCUGUAUGUGAAUACUAUAGUAAAGGAGAUUUAUGACAUGCCUAUAUCUCCUAAUCCACUCUUUCUUGAAAGUUUUGAUAGAUAUGUUGUCAACAAUAGCGAUGACAAAGAGAGUUCAGAGUUGUUCCUAGAGCUUAUCCAGCUGCGUUUUUAUAUUCGGUCGAGUCCUGCUCAUGAGUUUAUGAUGGGAUUAACAUUUUUCAUGUGUGGUAAUUUUGAAAAAGCAUACGAGUUCUUACAGAAGCAUAAUUAUCCCGAAAUUCUACCCAAGGAACUACCCGACCGGCUGUACUUACCUUUACAGAAAGAUGGCCAUCUAUGGAGAGAAGUUAUCGAAUCGUUCAAACUUCCGAAUAAGCAAGCUGCUUAUUUUUAUCGUCUUUCAAAACUUUUUUCCCUAGCUAAAAGCUAUUCAUAUGCCUUAGGAUGUAUCAAAAAAUCGAUCAAGCUAUCGGCUCAACUUAUAGAUAUCAAAGAAUCAUCGGACUUCCAAGUAGCACAAUUAACUCAGUAUUUGGACACUCUUAUCAUUUUCAAGGAAUUUGAGGAAGUGCUAGAUGUUUUGAGAUUCAGCUCAGUUACCUUGCCGGAUAAUAUUAGAGCUGAAUACUACACAAAAUUACUCACAGGUCAGUAUAGAGAUUCCUUUGUUGCAACUUUACUGACUUUGUGCAGUACCCGUAACGAACUAUACUUGCCAAUCGAAGAUUUCAUCAUGGUUGACCAAAUAUUAGAAAAACAAAAGAAUGUCAACGAUUGGGAAACCUACAAAAGAAUAUUCAGCUUCAGAUUUGUGAACCAACAUGAAAGAACAGCUGCCGAGAUUUUAUAUGAUUGCAUUAUGCAUGGAGCGAGUAGCGAAUUGAAGAACAAGUGCUACUUGAUGAUCGUCAAUAUUUUGCAAAGCUUUACUGAUGAAAAUGACCAAUGGAUAUUGGCAAACGGAAUAUUGAAAACUCUUUCUGAUCUGAAACUAGAAUCUCAACACAUUUGUAAUUAA